GGCGGCCGGAGCGGUCAUGGACGCGCUGAAGUCCGCCGGGAGGGCUCUGAUCCGAAGCCCCAGCCUCGCCAAGCAGAGCUGGGGGGGCGGCGGUCGGCACCGGAAGCUGCCUGAGAACUGGACAGACACUCGGGAGACACUGCUUGAGGGGAUGCUCUUCAGCCUCAAGUACCUGGGCAUGACGCUGGUGGAGCAGCCCAAAGGCGAGGAGAUGUCAGCGGCCGCCAUCAAGAGGAUCGUGGCCACGGCCAAGGCCAGCGGGAAGAAGCUGCAGAAGGUGACUCUCAAGGUGUCACCACGGGGGAUUAUCCUGACCGACGGCAUCACCAAUCAGCUCAUUGAGAACGUGUCCAUUUACAGGAUCUCCUACUGCACGGCAGACAAGAUGCAUGGCAAAGUGUUUGCCUACAUCGCCCAGAGCCAGCACAGUGAGAAUCUCGAGUGCCACGCCUUCCUCUGCACCAAGCGGAAAAUGGCCCAGGCUGUCACCCUCACAGUAGCCCAGGCCUUCAAAGUUGCCUUUGAGUUUUGGCAGGUAUCCAAGGAAGAGAAGGAGAAGAGAGAGAAAGCCAGCCAAGAGGGAGGGGAUGGCCCGGGCGGGGGCCGCGGUGACAGCACCCCCUCGUUGAAGAACCUGGUCGCCACUGGGAACCUGCUGGACUUGGAAGAGAUGGCCAAGGCCCCGCUGUCCACGGUCAGCGCUAAUACCACUAACGUCGACGAAGCACCGAGGCCUCCAGCCUUGAAUAACAGCAGUGUUGUCUGGGAGCUGGAUGACGAUCUGGAUGAAGCAUUUUCAAGGCUCGCCCAGUCUCGGACGAACCCUCAGGUCCUGGACACUGGACUGACCGCACAGGACAUCCAUUAUGCCCAGUGCCUCUCGCCUGUCGACUGGGACAAGCCUGACAGCAGCGGCGCCGAGCAGGAGGACCUCUUCAGCUUCUGAGCACCCAGGGCUGGCGGGACAUAUGACCAAAGCCACCUGUGGUUGGGGUGGGGCAGCCCCAGAACCUCCAGCCACCCUUUUCCGGUGGGCAGCACCGUCAGCCUGCAGAUCAGAGCUGCAGCCAGUCAAGCAGAGGGAAGGAGACAUUUUUUCUCACCCCGCUCUCUAGGAGCUGAAAGGUGCCUUGGAUGUGUGUUUAGUGACUUCUGGUUCAGCUCGGGAGCUGGUUUUGUGCCAGGCACGAGUGCAGUGUUGCAACCACCUCCCUGCCUUGUCUUGAGCAAGCUCUGCUCUGCUGCGGAGUCUGGACGGUGACCGAAGCAUUUCUCUGUCCCUCUUCUCUGAGGACCCAGGUUUCCCUGGAGGCGGCCCCGCUGCUCACUGAGGGCAACCAGAGCCUUCAUCUCGAUCGUCUUCAGAGCGCGGGGGCAGCGCAGCCUCAGGAGAGGACUGCGUCCUCCAGCUCGUCUGCUACGGAGGCCCAGCCGGUCUGGGCCUGAGCCCCUGCACCUGGGCACUCAAAGACUGAGGGCAGCCCUGACCAAAGAACACACGGCCGGCACUUCGAAGCGCACCCAGCAGGUGUGGCUCCCAGGGUGCUCGAUGGUGCUGCGGUGCAAGGAGCUGUCUUGCUGCCCUUCCAUGAGCAGGAGCCCAGAGUCCCCGUGAGUGGUCCCGUCCGUGCUCCGAACCAGCACAGCUGGCUGCCUCUGGGCACCAGAGUCUGAUGGCAUGACUGCCCUCCAUCGGGUCCCCUCCCCUUCUCCCCCAUACUGAUGAGCUGUGCUCAGUCUUCACUCUUGUCUGUGUGUCGUGUGAGUGUCCCUGAGCCCCACCUCCCAUACCUCCUGGGGGAAUGUGGGAAACCUCACACACAGAUUUGGGGAAGAGUAUUUUGUUGCCCUUUUAUAGAUGAGAGCACCGAGGCCCCCAGCGUGGACGGGGUCGAGCUAGAGUGGAGUGCAGACCCGAUGCCAAAGCUGCCUUCUCACCUGUGCCUCGCAGGCCCACAUCCUCUUUUCUAGCUUUGUUGUCCUCUCGGAAACCAAAAACCCCAGCUGUUUUCUGACCAAAGUGUGUUUUGUAACAAACCAUCUGGUGCCUUUCCACACGGGGCUGCAGGGGCCCACGUGCUCUGCUGGCUCUCAUGGCUGCUGGUUCCAACGAUUAAACCAAACCAAACUCUGCGCAUCCUGACACCCUGACCCUGGCUGGGACACACCAGCAGCGGUCUGUUUUCAGGGUCUUCCUUCCUGCCUCCCCCUUCAGCCCCACAGGGCUCCCCACAUCCUGAAACCCCUGCCGGGGUGCCAGCCUCCUGCUCAUCCCGAGGUGCCCCCAGGCCCGGCCUUGCUAACCUCUGUAGACACUGCUGAUCGCAGAGCCGGUGGCACCAGCCCAGGGACCACUCGACGUUUCCUAGAACCUACUCACCUAACUAAGCUUGAACCAAAGCACAGACAGAAGUGCCUGGUGCGAGUGGGUGGGAUCUGCAGGGUCUUUAUCAGACUAUAACUUCCUUUCCCUGCUGCCCUUCCCAGACCUUGGUAUCAGCCAGUUCUUGUCACGAGGCCGAGGGGUGGGCCUCACACAAGCCGUCCUUGGCACCGAGUCCAGGAGCCCGAGAAAGGCCAGGCUGUGUUUGUGUGAGUUGGACUGUGGCCUUCGUCAUGGUCCCUGGCCACUGACAGUUGGUGUGUUCCCUGUGUGUCUACAGAUAGUCUUGUUUGCUUUCCUUUGUGUUGCUGUAAAGGAAUGUCUGAUGAGGGAAAGGACAAGUAAUAAACAUUCUCUUUUUUAAAUACAAAGAACACUUGGAUGGGGCAGGGGUUGAGGGGUGGUUCCAGCAGCUCCUGCCCUUUGGUGGUUGGAGCAGCAGUGACCAUUGGCCCCGAAGUGGGACGGAAGGUCUUUGGUCCUUUGGAGGGAGCCCAGCGGGACCCCCUUUCACCUAUCAGAUGGGGGUGUAAUGAGCUCAUCUCUGGACAGCUCGGCAGGGUCAGCACUGAAGAGGCCUCUGAAACCCAGGUCUGG